AUGAAAUAUUGGGCAAGGUAAAACGAACAAUUUAUUGUUAGAUUAAACAAAAAUGAAUAUCUUUUCAAAUCAAAAAGAAAUUAAGAUCCCCAAAUUAAAAAAAAAAUUAAGAAAUAUAUUACAUGAAAUUUUCAAAAGUAAUGAAAUUGAUAUCGGUUUUUAAAAAAGCAUCUUGCGGCGUUUAACUUUUUAAUUUGUAUAUUUUUUGUAAUCAUUCCUUUGGAAAUCAAACCAUGGAAAUUGUGCCGUAUAAAUUCUUAUUUUAUCAAGAAAAUUGGAUCACAACUAUCUUGCCGAGAAUUAUAUUGAUUUCGGAAAAAUUGCAGCGCUGUAACUACAAUGAUCUUUUUUAAUUGUUAAUUGUUUAGAAGAGACAUAAAAUUUAUAUCAAGCGUGGUACGAUUUACGAGAAAUUAAAUUUCUCUCUUUUCUUGGUCAUCUCACGUAUUUAAUUUACGUGAGACGAUCAGUCCAACGUGAUAUUCGAUAGGAAUUACACAGAAGGGCAGGAAAAUCGGGAGCACCAGAAAAAGUAUACGCAGAUAAAUGUAGAAAGUAGUAGAAGAGAGAUUUCAAUCAUCCCUCAAGGGAUGAACGAUGAAUUUCAUUAUAAAUAAAAUUUUUUUACGUCCAUACAUUUUUUUAUGUCAUUUGAAUUUUCAAAAUUUUUGAGAGAAAAAGCAGCCUUACCUGUACCCCUUUCAAAAUGAUGUAAAAAUAUAGAAAAAAUUUAGAAAAAAUUUAGUACUGACUCAAUAGAGGCUUUAUACUUUAAAAUGGACCCAGAAAACUACUUUUAUAGUUACAGCAGUUUAAAAUGUCAGCAAUUUUUCAUCGAAUAUGAGAAUAUUUUAUCGAAUCAAUUAACCUGGAUUUAUUUUUAAGCGUAAACUCUACUUUUACAACACUGAGUUCUUUUCUUCCAAAGAUAUUUUUAUCAUUUGAAAAGAAUGUAAGUAAAAGUACUUUUUCUCUCGAAAAUUUUGCAAAUAAACAUUUAUAUGGACAUUAAAAAAAUCUUCUUAACUGAAUUCUCUACAGUUUUGAAUAUUGAAUUCUCUUCUUUACAACUCUCUUUUGCGAAAUUAUAAACGUGUAAUAUAUCAAUAAUUUUUCAAGGAUAUACGAAUACUUUCUACACGCAUUAUAUUAUAGACACAAGCGCAUUAUAUUAAAGGUACAUUGGUUUACAAUGAAUCAGUAAAAUAGUGAAAUAUAUAAUCUCCAUCAUAACCAGCAAUUGUUCGUUCUUCCAUUUGAUGUUUAAUUCACUGCCGAAUUCUAUUUCUUUGUUCAGCUUUACACUUACCUGUAAAGCAACAAUUUUUCUACAGCAUGAAACAGAUUUUUAUAUUACAAUUCAAUAUCAGAUUUAUUUUUUUUUUUUUUUUUUUAGUCAAUGUAAUUUCCAAUAUUUUAAUUUCUUUUGUGUAAAGGAAGCUGGAGAAAACGUUAAACGUUAUUCGUCGAUAUUGGUUUUUCCUCUGACAGAUAUCUGCUACAAGUAGACUGUUAAAAUUGGUUUUUCAUAUACAAGAUGACACAGAAUAUAAAUAAGAAGUAGCAAAAUAGUACAUUGUACUAAUAAUUUUUUUGAUGCUUGGAAAAUUUUAAAUCGUGUAAUAAAUUAAUCGUUAUUUUAUUGUAUUUAAUUGAAUUUAAUUAAUUUAAAUAUGAAUUACAAAUAUUAUUGUAUGUAAUUAAAUGGAAAUUAUAAUGAAUAUUACGUAUAACAUUUAUUCACUUUAAACGCGUUCGUAUUUUUGGAACGUUUUUCUUGUUUACGAUUGCGGUGAGAGCACGCCUUAUGUUUAUUUAUACUACUAGACGAGCAUCGUUUUCUGAAACGUAACUAAUGUCCUAGAAUUCGAUUAAACACUAGAAUAUCGUACAUCUACCAAUAUUAUGCUUUAAAAUUUCCCGAUGCGAUAAUAUGUACGUGGUUCUCAAGUAUUCAAAGUACAGCGAGAGAAAUUAGUUUUAAUUGCAGUCAUUUAACCUUCUUCUUUACAAUUUUUCCCCGAUUUCUGCAUAUCAACGUGCGUCUUUAUCAGAUGUAAUUUUUAAUAACAGGCAAACAAACAAAAUUUUUUUUUCUAUAAAAUUCUUUUGUUUUCUAUGGUUUGUUUUGUUUUCUUCUCUAAAGUUCUUCUUGUUCGAAAUUCUCGUUCGAUUCAUUUUAUUCCCUGAUGAGUAUUUGCUAUCGAUACGUGCAUAGGGAAUUCUAUUGAACGCCAAUGGAUUUCGAUAGUAGGUAAUUGUGCCAAUAUUUUCUAGCGAGAACAAUUCCCGUUGCAAAGUCCCAGAAUACGAAUAAAUAUUAUUUUGUUUUUCUGUUGUUUUUACAAAAGAACUCACUCCUAGUAAAUAUGGUCAUAAAAAAAGAUCGAGCAACAAGCUUGAUUUUCAGAAAUGAAAAUGGUUGUAUUUCACCGAAAUUCAUCUAUAUUACAAUGUGAAUUAUAUUGUAUUACAAUGAGAAUCAUACACACCGCAGGGAAACAAUAUAAACAUAUAUACUUGAUAUUUGGCGUAAUUAAUUUAAUAAAGGUAUAUAAUGUUUGUAUUUCUUUUUCCUUUCUCUCGCAUAAUCUUUAUUAUAUCCAAUUAGUUUUGCAUUGUAUUUAUAUUAAGCAUAAUAUGAUUCGUAUUACGAUGAAAACCUAGUCCACAUUGUUAUCGUUUUCAUUUAUUUUCACGUUCCUUUCUCGUCUUAGUCUCCGUACUUAAUAAAUUUUCGGGAAUGGAAAAUAAAUUAUUUUUGCUAAUUUUACGUUCAUAUAUAUUUUCUUGCACAACGUGUUUUAAUAUAAUGUUCAUACAAGUUUUAUGAUUUAAUGAAUAUAAUAAAUUAAAUGAAGAAAUGAAAAUACAGUAAAGGACGUUACCGAAUAAAUGACUGAGCCAAAAAUAAAUUAAACUGUUAUAACUUUGUAAAAGAAAAUGAUAUAACAAUCUAUUUGAUCAUUUCAAAGAAUAAAUUUUCCACCUAAACAGUGCUGAGUUCGUCUUUUUUCAAAGAUAACAUUACACCAUGUAAUAAGUGAGAAAGUAAGGAUUGUAAAAAUUCUAACAUCUCUAAAAACGUUGCAAAAUUUUUUUCAAUAUAUCGUUUUGAUAAAUAAAGUUUCCCUUUUACAACAAGCUCUUAGAAGUUGCUAUACGAUCUUUUUUCAGCAUCUUACUAAACUUUGAAUAUUCGGAUUAAACGAUACAAAUUCAAGGAAUCCUAACAUUUCAUCAUUUUAUCAAUAAAAUGUUCAAUAAAAAAUCGUACAGCAAAUUUUAAGAGAUCAUUGUAAAGAGAAGAUUUCAGAUUAUGGUGGACUUAGUCAUGAAAAAAGUUUUUUAUCAUUUUUAAAAACAUUUUUGAAUUUUUACAAUUUUCGAGGAAAGAAUAUCUUUACUUUUAAUUAUUUAUCAUAAUAUAAAAUCAACUUUGGAAAAAACAAAUUUAAGCUGAAAAUAGAGAUCUUAAGUGGAUUGCUAUAGAAUAUUCUUUUACGAAGUUAUAAAAAUUUAAAUUAUCGGCAGUUUUUUCAUUAUUAUUAUGCUCUUCACUGUACUUAUAUGCAUAACUAUUGAAUAUUGAUUUUAAACUGUCUAGAAGUACAUUUUUAAUCGUUUGAAAAUUAAAACUGAAUUAAGCUGUGACAGGCAGUAAAAUUUAAAUUAUCAAUUAUGAGUUUAUUAAUAAAUGUUAGUAAAAUGUAGAAAUUAUGCUAAAGCGACUAUUUACACUCUCCCUACUACCAUGCUUUGUACUACCUGCACCAUAAGGCAUUUAUUAUCUAUCCUUCACGCAGGUACAAAUUGACUGGUUUAACCAUCAUUUAACAGUCAAGUUUCAACUUCUCAACAUCUCGAGUUCUUACUGAGACAUCGAGUUCUUACUCCAGUUCAAUAAGUACAAGUGAAAUUUAAAUUAAAUAGCAUAGAAUAAACUUCAAUCUUAUGUAAAUUGUGUGUCGCUAAUUUGAGAGAGUGAAUGAAGUUUUCGACGAUAAUUUAAGUGUAGAAUAUUGCAGUGAUUUGAGUGUUCAAAUUUCAAACAAAUUUCGUUUGGAGAAACAAACGCGACGAAAUGAAUAUCUUCUUGCAAUGUAUGCUGAAGAAAAGCAACGAGGAGGUUGAGUCUUUGAUUCUUUCAUUUCUCUUAUGUUAUCUGUAAAAACUUCACCAUUUUUCGACUGCUUAAUAAGGAGCAAAAAAUUGUAUUAAAGCAUUUGCAAAUCUCUUUUAUUUUGUUAUAGUUGAACGUGGAGGAAAAAAGCGAGCAAGAGCACGAGAUAGGAAGCUUAAAGUUUACGAAGGAAAAUUGGAUUAAGAAGCUCGGGAAUUAUUCACCGUGCCAAGUUCCAACCAGUCUUAUAAGGACAAAUGCGAUGAAAGCCGUGGACAGAAGUGGGCUCUGCGACACCUACGAGGCUACCACUCAACAGACAAUUUCAGGAUCCUCGCAGGCACCUCUAGAGGAAUCGAAUUUGGAGAACAUUAUUCGCGAAUUCGAGAUAGGUUUUCUCUCGCCUUCGAAACAGGACAGAGCAAUUUACAAGAAAAAGAACUUUGUCAAGAAGAUCGUCGCGGCAUUCGAAGUGAAAUAUAAGACCGCGACUGGAGAAAGCCACGAAGAAAAUAAGUCACAUAUCGUAGAAUCGCCAAGAAAAAAUGGAAUAUUCUCCAGUCCUUACAAGAGCAAUUUCGAGGUAUCAGAAUCUUUUGAAAAGUUCUCGCCUUUGAAACAAAAUGGUAAGAACAGUGACGAAUCUGGAAAUGUCUCGAAGAAUGAUUCUACGAUUUUCAAAACAAGAUCUGGAAUAUUUGAUUCCCCAUACAAGAGCGAAGACGAAAAAGUGAUUGAUAUCCUUCCCGAUAUUUCGAAAGAUGAAACGAAAGAAGUAAAGAGGAAAUCAUCGAAGGAAUCAGGAAUAUUCUCGUCGCUAUUUAAUUGCAACGAUUCUAAGAGCGUAAGUUUGUCGGAGAUCCGUUCGAGUUCUAGUUCUCUGGAUCUCAAACAUGAAAGUUCGAAGGAUUUCAGCGAUUUUCCGAUUCUCUUUAAGUUCGACAAAGAAGAUUCCAGUGAGGGAGCUAAUUUUCAUUUCAGCUCGAUGGUGUCCUGCCUUGACGAAACAAAGACAAUAGAUAACAUUGAUCUUGAUGUGACUUCACCGGACAAUGUUUUUGUAGCCGACAUUGCAUUUCCAAAAACAAGUACCAUGAUCAAUAAAUUCUCGAAAGACAAGGACGAUUCGGUGAUCGAUAAAUUCUCGAAAGACAAGGAUGACUCGGUAAUCCCAGAAAUUUCAUGCGUCGACACCGAUAGGACUCCGAAGAUAGUCGGAGCAUUUCUAAAGGAACCUAUCGAAGUUGAGGACACUUCCAUUAACUGGAUACCUAUCAUUGGAAAAAAACUGCCACGAAAGAGAUCGCUAAAGAAGCUGCUCUAUUCAUUGACCGGGAAAAAAUUGAAUAAAAAGGAUAAACUGUUCUGUUCGGAAAUAAAUCUGAGCGAGGAACUGCGAGAGUUCCAAGAUUCCGGUUACGAGGAGAAAUCUUGCUCCUCUUCUUCUUUAACUUCCCGAAUUUCCUUCACGGAGGUUCAGCAAGAAAAUAGUUAUAUCGAAUCUAAUAGAAGAAGCACUUUUGAAACCUUUAAACCGAGGAAUAAAUCAAAUAAAGAAGAGAACGAAGUUUUCUGUUACACGAACCAUUCUUCAAGGGUACAGAACAAAAAACUAAUUUUAAUUGAAGUUCCUCGCGAAGAAGUGAAACUGGAUCUUGGUCCAUGUUAUCCUCCUUUGAGCAUGAUUACGUCGUUGAAUCGCAAAAUGAUGGCCGAAAAACCUUCCAGUCCGCCUGCAGUUUAUGAAUUUUCGACCAAAUUAUCAAAACAUGCUUACGUCUCAAAAAUUCCAAAGCAUCCAUUCGUUUCUCUGCUGAAGAUGGACGAGUCGUUGGAAUUUUCUCACAAAUAUCGCAACAGUUAUGACUCGUUAUCAGUGAUCAUUAAGAACGAUUUAUAUGAAGUAGAGUUUCGAAGAAGCUGCGACAAUCUACUCUCGUCGACUUCCUGCCGUAACUUUUCGUCUACAGCUAGCGAAUACGACGUCCCUAGGAGAUUCUUGUCUGACAACGAAAUACUAUCGAUACGUCAGUCGAUCCUGAACAGUAAGGAAGAGCCGAUUUACGAUGUUCCGAAGCCGCAAGGUAUCGAGAGACCUAGGCCCAGCGUUUACGAGGAUGUCACCUUUUUGAAACGGAGCGCCCAGAUGAAGGUCCACGAUGACUUCAAAUUUCACUACUUCGAGCCCAGAGAUAGUAAAAUUUACUUCAACGACAACAAGAUGCGAUCGUUGGAUGACUUGACUUCCAAAGAGAAGAGUUCCGUUUUUUAA